AUGACGGUCACGUACACAGCCCGAGUGGCUAAUGCCCGCUUUGGUGGCUUCUACAAGCUGUUGAGCCUCUGGCGUGGAAGUAUCUACAAGCUGCUGUACAAGGAGUUCCUGGUCUUCUCAGCUUCCUACCUGGGACUCAGCCUCACCUAUCGCUUUGUCUUGACUGAGGAUCGGAAACGAAUCUUCGAAAAGGUGGUCAUCUACUGCGACAACUAUGCCAACCUCAUCCCAGUCUCCUUUGUCCUGGGCUUCUACGUGACGCUGGUGGUGAACCGCUGGUGGAGCCAGUACACCAGCAUGCCAAUGCCGGACCGCCUGAUGUGCGCCAUCUCUGGGAAUGUGCACGGGACUGACGAGAAGGGGCGGCUUUACCGACGGACGCUCAUGCGCUACUGCAGCCUUUCCGCUGUGCUGAUCCUUCGCUCGGUCAGCACCGCGGUCUUCAAGCGCUUCCCCACCAUGGACCAUGUCGUGGAGGCAGGUUUCAUGACCCGGGAGGAGCGCAAGAAAUUCGAGAACUUUAACACUUCCUACAACAGAUACUGGAUCCCCUGCGUUUGGUUUACCAACUUAGCUGCACAGGCACGCAAAGAAGGCCGCAUACGGGAUAACUCUGCUCUGAAGCUGCUGAUGGAGGAGCUGAAUCUCUUCCGGGGGAAGUGCAGCAUGCUCUACCACUAUGACUGGAUCAGUGUCCCACUGGUCUACACACAGGUGGUUACUAUUGCUGUGUACAGUUUCUUCGUUUCUUGUCUCAUUGGGCGGCAGUUCCUUGACCCAGCCCAGGGUUAUAAAGGACAUGACCUGGAUCUGUGGGUCCCUGUUUUCACACUGCUUCAGUUCUUCUUCUAUGUUGGAUGGCUUAAGGUCGCUGAGCAGCUCAUCAACCCUUUCGGGGAGGAUGACGACGACUUUGAAACCAAUUUGCUGAUCGACAGGAAUUUCCAGGUUUCCAUGAUGGCUGUGGAUGAGAUGUAUGGGGACCUGCCUCUCCUGGAGAAGGAUCGCUACUGGGACGCCUCAAACCCUCGCGCUCCGUACACAGCAGCUACGGUUUUCAUGCUGCAACAGCCGUCAUUCCAGGGCUCCACUUUUGAUAUGACCCUGCCCAAGGAAGACAUGCAGUUCCAGCCGCUUGAGGAGAUUGCGGAGGGCCUCGAACACAGUCGCCACGUGCCCGCCCACCUCUUGAACCGGCUGCUUUCCACAGCCCCGGCCCCCAGUGGGUUCGGGCGCCGACUGUCCUUGCUGAGGCGCAAAAACAGCUGUGUUUCUGAAGCAUCCACCACCUACAGUUGCCUCUGCCAGGACACCCAGGCGGCUGACUGUUCUUGUGGGCCUCCCGGGCUGCAUUUGCCCAACAAUGUUCACAUCAGCUGUGAAGGGGAGGUGGAAAACGACGAUGAAGUUGCUGGCCAUGACACACACACCGAUCCCUCUGAGGCCCAGGCUGACGGACUGGCUGACCCACCUCAGAAUAGGCUAGACCAGGAGUGUGCUGCGGCCAACCCUCAAGAUGCAAUGCCCCUCGUGGACAUGUCUCUUCCCGAAGCAGCGAGUGACUUGUCACAGCCUCUCCUAGAGCAUGGCUCUUCAGAUGCCUCCUCCUUUCACAGCCCAAAGGAAGCUCCUGGCAAGGGGGUGCUUCCACCAGCCAGCUACCCCCACUGGUUACAAAGCCCCAUUGAGGAGGAAAAUGUGGCAUGA